AGUGCUGGGAGGUAGUUCAGUCAGCCGAAGAAGCGUCGAAGAUGUCGAACGUGGAUAAGAAUCAUCUCAUUCUCAUGCUCUUUCAUCCCAAGGAGCCCAUCUUCACGAAGAAGGGUGAGAAGAAUACCGUUUUCAAUGUGCCGCAACAUUUUUUGCGGAAUCGGUACCAAAGCAUCGGCGUUGACCUUCAAGAUCGCUUCUCGGCGGACGCGGGGGAGCAGGUGACCAUCAACGAUAUCAAACCGCCGAACCUGACGAACGUACUCCAGUUGAAACGAGACGAAAAUUUCACCCUCUUCCUCCCGAAGCACAACAAGAUCGCGACCGAACUGACGACCCUUUAUUUGCGUGCCAAAAAUCUGGACGAGUUCCAAUCGCUGGCGGCGUACACGAGGGAACGCGUCAACCCUUACCUCUUCAACUAUUGCAUGUGCGUUGCGAUUCUGCACAGAAAGGACACGAGGGAUAUGGACAUACCGUCGCUGAUCGAAACGUUCCCGGAUAAGUACGUGGAUAGUCAAGUCUUUGCGAAGGCCAGAGAGGAAGUUAAUAUCGUUCCCGAGGGAUCACGCACGCCGAUUGAAAUUCCAGUGGAUUACACCGCGUCAAACUUGGAAGAUGAGCACCGAGUCGCCUACUGGACCGAAGACUUGGGGCUCAACGCUCACCAUUGGCAUUGGCAUUUGGUAUAUCCGUUCAGUGGACCAAUGGAGGUGGUUAACAAAGAUCGACGAGGGGAGCUCUUCUACUACUUCCAUCACCAGGUGAUGGCCAGGUACAACAUGGAGCGAAUGUGCAACAAAUUGAAGAGAGUCAGACGCUUGGUGAACUUCCGCGAGCCCAUUCCAGAAGCCUACUUCCCCAAGCUGGACAGUCUGGUCGCGAACCGCUCGUACCCGGGCCGACCGGCCGGUAUGACCCUCCAAGACGUGAACCGCGAGCAAGACCAAUGGAAGAUCGACAUCAAAGACAUGGAGACGGCAAUUGCGCGAAUCUACGAGGCGAUCCACUCGGGUUUCUAUCGGGACACCAACAACCGAAUGCAACCGCUCACCGAGUUUGGCGGCAUCGACAUCUUGGGAAACCUGGUCGAGGCGUCCAUACUCUCGGCCAACCCCGCCUACUACGGAAACUGGCACAACUUCGGGCACGCGACGCUCUCGGUCAUUCACGACCCCGACCUCCGCCACCUGGAAUCCUUCGGCGCAAUCGGCGAUCCGGCGACCUCGAUGCGCGACCCCGUCUUCUACAGCAUGCACGCCAUGGUCAACGACAUGUUCGUCGAGUACAAGUCGACGCUACCCCGCUACACCGUCGCGCAGCUCGGCUACGACGGCGUGACCGUCACCAAAAUCUCGCUCCAAAGUCAGAACUCCCCCGAAAACCAAUUUUCGACGUUCUGGCAACAAUCCGACGUGGACAUGUCCAGGGGCCUCGACUUCCAACCGCGCGGACCCGUCUUUGUGCGAUUCACUCACUUACAGCACCAGCCGUUCAACUACGUCAUCAACGUGAACAACACGGGCGCGGCUCGCCAAGGCACCUGCCGCAUUUUCCUCGGGCCUCAAUUCGACGAGAGAGGCAACCCCUGGCUGUUAGUCGACCAGCGGAACUUGAUGGUGGAAAUGGAUCGCUUCGCCGUCAACUUGACGCCCGGCCAAAACGUAAUCACGCGAGCAUCGACUUCCUCGGCGGUCACCAUACCCUUCGAGCGAACGUUCCGGAACGUCGACACGAAUCGCCCGACCGGAGGCCCGGGCCUGGAGCAGUUCAACUUCUGCGGCUGCGGAUGGCCCCAGCACUUGCUCGUGUUCAAGGGCACACCGGAAGGGUACCCUUGCCAAUUGUUCGUGAUGAUAUCCAACAUUGCCGACGAUCGCGUGAACCAAUCUACCGAGGGCACGUGCAAUGACGCCGCCGUCUACUGCGGAAUCCGCGACCGCCUGUAUCCAGAUCGAAGAUCCAUGGGAUAUCCGUUCGAUAGAUCGCCGCGCGAUGGCGUAACGACCCUGCAGCAGUUCCUGACGCCGAACAUGAGGGUGCAGAACGUGUCCAUCGUUCACCAGAAUCGCACCAUACGACCACGAGCACGCAACUGAACUCGACUUGAUCCUGUAUUAUUUGUACAUAGACUGCUUAAUUCUAGACUUUUUUUUACUGUAUAGGUACUUAUAAAUCGACGAACUUAAAUAUAGCAUUAUAGUAUACGAA